AGCCUGGAGUGUAGCAGCAGACUCUGUCUGAAGAGGCAACGCUGCCACGAGCCACCAUUGGAAGGAGCUGUCUGCAUCUCUCGGUGCUCUACUGAGCAUGUCCCAGAGGAGCUCUAUGCCAGCAGCACAUUAUGCAAAAAAGCAGCUCGAGCAGCUGAGAGGGAGGCAGAACAAGCCUUUGCUCCACUUGCAUCACCGCUGCUUGAAAACAAACCUGGAUUACCCGAAAGGUCUCCGCUGCCAGGCCAGCUGAAUGAAACCGAACGACAUGACUUGAUUCCUGAUGCUGCACCACUGCAAAGCAAUAUGGGGAAUCAAGAUGGGAAACUGAAGAAGAAUGCAGGUGAUGCACACGAUGGAGGUGAGGAUGCUUCAGGGCCCAGGGAUGCGGAUGGCACAAAGAAGGGAGCAGGGAGCAAAAAGGGACUGGGGAAGCAUGGCAAAGGGAAUGAAUCGGGUAAAAAGAAGGGCAAGUCAGAGUCCCGAGGCUCUGUGUUUUCCAAUCUGCGGAUCAGAAAGAAUCUCUCCAAAGCAAAGGAUGGAAACAGCAGCUCAAGAGAGGAUGUUUUAGAAAGCCAGGCCUCACAAACAGGGGAGCUAGACAGCGCUCAUUCAGUCCUCACCAAAACUCCUGAUAUUAGCAUUUCUGCAGAUGAGGGGGGUCUCUCAGACACAGAUGUGGAACAUUUUGAACAUACAAAUGAAACUCGCCCAGCUGCAGCCGAGCCGCAGGAUGGACAAAGGACCAGCUCCGGCUCCGAUACGGAUAUAUACAGUUUCCAUUCAGCCACAGAACAAGAGGAUUUGCUUUCUGAUAUCCAGCAGGCUAUUAGACUGCAACUGCAGCAGCAGCAGGGGGCAAUUAACAUUGGAACUGAGCAGAAUGGCACCAAAACAAUGGGCCUACACAUGGCUAAUUCUCAAGCAGCCCCCUUCGAUUUUGAAAGGUUUCUUUCAUUAAGCAGUGACAAAGACAGCAGUCCAGAAACAGAACAGCCUGUCUCAGCUAAAUCGGAAAUUGCAGACUAUAUCCCUACAAGUGAUAUCGAAAGUGGAGUGAAAGGGGUGACAAAUGGAACAGGGCAUUCCUGCAGCAGUGUAUUUGAUGUGCAAGAAGAACAUAAGCAGUUGCCAGAAGAGCAAAGGCAAUCUGCCAGUGAACAAAAAGCUGCAGCAACAGAAAAUGGGACUCUGCUAGCCAGAACAGUGUUUAAUUUCCCAUCACCAAUUGGGGAAUCGGAAACUGAGGUGAUGGCUUUUGAAUUUUCAGGUUCAGAAAGGGAGGAAGAGGAUAUUGCUGACACAAGCCACAGCCAAGCUGAAGGAGCCAAAGACAGGAAAAGGAGUAUAUCAGCUAGCAGGGAGGCCUUAGAUGAUGGCUUUACUGCUACAAUAAAAAAUGGAACUCUGUCCUCCAAUGAUGUCUCAAGUAGUCCUAUGCAUAGUUCCAAAGGUUUAAAGCCCUUUCCUCCCAUUAACCCAUGCUAUAUCAAAACCACCACUAGGCAGUUGAGUUCUCCAAAUCAUUCGCCCUGUCUGUCGCCAUCCCAAAGUCCACUCUUCAAAAGGAGACGUGAGUCUGCUCAGAGGAAAGAAAAUGUGUCAUCCAAGAAGCAGAGGUCAUCCAGUUUGGCUGGUCCAUUUAGCCGAUCAGCAGACUGGACAGAUGAGGUUUUCAAUCAUCGAGGUGAUGUAGCUCAAAAGUCAGGCUCUGCAGAUUUCUUGGAGUACAGACGGAGUAGAGACGGCUUCCAGGGAGAGAGAGUGCCUUUGAAUCACUUGAGAAAGUCCUCUGGGACUCCAGCUUCCACUGACACCUUCCCCAAUGUUUUUACAGGUCGAACUUUGCUGGAGAAGCUAUCCAGUCAGCAGGAGAAUGCACCACAAGAAGAAGCAGAGAAGAUUUGUUCGUGGAUAAUUGCAAUGGGUCUUCUUCUGCCUUUCAGCGAUUGCUUCAGAGAGCCAUGUGGUGGCCAGAGUGCACAACAAAGUGCACCAACUUUUGAUCAAGACCAGCUUUAUACUUGGGCUGCCGUCAACCAACCUACACAUUCAUCGGAUUAUAUUGAAGGAAGAUUUCCUGGAAGAAUUCCAUCAGCGUGGCCACCACCAAAGCCCCCAGACGAAGAACAGAGAAUAAAAAAUAAAGAACCAGAAUAUGAUGUUGUCACUCUGGCAAAAGAAACAGAACAAACAGCAGGAGUUCAGUUGAUACAGGAGGAUGUUAUAAUAAAAUCAGAAGAGCGGGCAAGUGAGAUUCAGCGGUUGGAGCAGACCAUCCAAGAUCUGAAAAUAAAAAUUGCAGAGUUGGAGAAACAAUUUCCAGCAUCAGAGGUGCUGAUUUCCGGUAGCAAUCAGGGGAAGGAGAGUACACAGACCACCUGUGAAGAGCUCUUCAGUUCAGCCCUUAAAGAACAGGAAUUGCAGACCCUGUCUAAGACUAUAACUGCAAAAUCUGUGCAGACUUCACCAACAGACGAUUGUUUAAUACACACAAUGCCUUCAGCCAGCACACUGCCACAAGCACCUCCCCUCUUGAAAGGGAACCUGAGUCAAGGGCCAACUCAACUAUUGCCAACACUUGAGCCACAGACCACCUUUUGCUCUGAAAUAUCUUUAGUUCUCUCACCCAAACGGAUUUCAGUACAAUUGGAUGAUAUCCAAGAAAAAUUAACUACAUUGCAUCUUUCAGGACCUGAUGCUAAUUUGCCAGUUUUAUUGCAAGAACAACCAGUAUCAUCUACAGCUCUAAGUACUGAGAGUUUUACUUGCAGUGAAGCUUCCCCUUCCUUAUCUUCUCACCCUGUUUUGGGAUCCCAUCCUGGACUUUCUGACACAGGAGUGUCUCCCUCCCUGCCUGGAGCAGGAGUCCCAUUUGUAAUGCCAUCCUCUCCCAGUUCAGGUGUACCAUCCCAUUUUUCCUCAGGACAUGCCCUGUCUUCGCUUCCUUCCCCACUGUUGCCUAGCGGAGGGAUUCCUCCUCCACCAGCUCUUCCAGGAAUGGACAUGGUACCUCCUCCCCCACCUCCUUUGCCUGCAGCUGUAAUGCCUACUGAGAUCCCGCCUCCACCUGAUAUAGGGGUGCCACCUCCAACAUCUUUGCCAGGGGCAGCUGUUCCUCUUGCACCAUCUUUACCAGGCAUGAGUAUGCCCCCUGCUCCCCCACCUUUGCCAGACAUGGAAGUGCCACAACCUCCACCUUUGCCAUGGACAGAUUUUUCCUCCCCUCAUCUUUUAUCAGGAACAGGCAUACCUCCUCCUCCUCCACCACCACCACCAGGAAUAGGGGUUUCAUUGCAUCCACCACAUUUACCAGGCAUGGGGACUCCUCCUGCUCCUCCUCCUCCACCUGGAAUGGGAGUGCCACUUCCUCCACCUCCACCACCUUUACCAGGGAUGUGGGGACCUCCACCUCCACCACCUUUGCCAGGCAUGGGGGGACCUCCACCUCCUCCACCUCCACCACCUUUGCCAGGCAUGGGAGGACCUCCACCUCCACCACCUUUGCCAGGCAUAGGGGGACCUCCACCACCACCACCUUUGCCAGGCAUGGGGGGUCCUCCACCUCCCCCACCUUUGCCAGGCAUGGGAGGACCUCCACCUCCACCACCUUUGCCAGGCAUGGGGGCUCCUCCACCUCCUCCACCUUUGCCAGGCAUGGGGGCUCCUCCACCUCCUCCACCUUUGCCAGGCAUGGGGGCUCCUCCACCUCCUCCACCUUUGCCUGGUGCAGGACCUCCCCCUCCUCCACCACCUUUGCCUGGUAUGGGUGUGCCACCUCCUCCAUCUAUUCCACAUGGUUCUGGGUUUCUUCCACCUCCCUUGCCAAGUGGUUUGUUUGUAAUGGGAAUGAACCAGGAAAAAGGUAGCAGGAAACAUGCAAUAGAACCUUCUCGACCAAUGAAGCCUCUUUACUGGACAAGAAUUCAACUUCAUAAUAAAAGAGAUUCUAGUGCUUCACUUGUGUGGGAAAAAAUUGAAGAGCCUUCCAUAGAUUAUCAUGAAUUUGAAGAACUGUUUUCUAAAACAGCUGUUAAAGAGAGGAAGAAACCCAUUUCGGACACCAUCACAAAGACAAAGAACAAACAAGUUGUCAAGUUAUUAAGCAACAAAAGAUCGCAAGCAGUUGGAAUAUUAAUGUCCAGUCUUCAUUUAGAUAUGAAAGAUAUACAACAUGCUGUUGUGAACUUGGACAACUCUGUGGUUGACCUAGAGACUCUUCAAGCCCUUUAUGAAAAUAGAGCACAAUCAGAUGAACUGGAAAAGAUAGAAAAACAUGGCAAGUCAAGUAAAGAAAAGGAGAAUGCCAAGUCUUUGGAUAAACCUGAACAGUUUCUUUAUGAAUUAUCCCUAAUUCCCAACUUCUCAGAACGAGUCUUUUGUAUCCUGUUCCAAUCAACAUUUUCUGAAAGCAUUUCCUCCAUCCGUAGCAAACUUGAAUUGUUACAGAAACUGUGUGAGACAUUGAAAAGUGGUUCAGGAGUUAUGCAGGUUUUAGGCUUGGUCCUUGCAUUUGGAAAUUACAUGAAUGGUGGAAAUCGAACAAGAGGACAGGCGGAUGGGUUUGGAUUAGACAUAUUGCCCAAACUGAAAGAUGUCAAGAGCAGUGACAACAGCAGAAGUCUUCUGUCAUACAUUGUCUCCUACUACUUGCGCAAUUUUGAUGAGGAUGCUGGAAAAGAGCAAUGCACCUUCCCUCUUCCAGAGCCCCAAGAUCUUUUUCAAGCUUCUCAGUUAAAGUUUGAAGAGUUUCAAAAGGAUCUCCGCAAACUUAAAAAAGACUUGAAAGCAUGUGAGACAGAAGCAGGAAAAGUUUGCAAGUUUUCUUUGGAAGAGCACAUUCAGCCCUUUAAAGACAACAUGGAGAAAUUCAUUAGUCAAGCUAAAAUUGACCAUGAAAUGGAAGAGACAUCCCUAGCAGAAACGCAUAAAAGCUUUUUGGAGACUGCAUCAUAUUUCUGUAUGAAAGCAAAAAUGGGUGAGAAGGAAGUAUCCCUAAAUGCUUUCUUCAGCAUUUGGCAUGAAUUCAGCUCUGAUUGCAAAGAAUUAUGGAAAAAGGAAAAUAAGCUUAUUUUGCAAGAAAGACUUAAAGAGGCUGAAGAAGUAUGUAGACAGAAAAAGGGAAAAUCACUUUACAAUAUAAAACAAAAGCAUGAUUCUGGAAUUAAAGCAAAGAUAAGUAUGAAAACAUGAAAGAAGAAAGGCAGAUGUCAUUGUCCACUUGUUCAAUUAACUCUAUCCAUCUGUGAGGAGAAAAGGAAAACUACAUCAUACAGCCCAUGUCAUUUCUUGAAAUUGUUUUGCAUUUCCCCCCUCUUUUUACCAACUAAUAUCUGCCAAGCAAUCAGUGAAGAAUGAGUCUGCUCCAUGGGCAACCCAGUAAUGGAUAUCAUGAGUUAGAGACAUGUCUAUUUCCUGUAUCCUGUGCUUCCUUCCAAUCCAAAUGUUAUUUUGUAAUGUGUGGAGGAAUAUGCAUAAUAAACUUUAAAAAAAACCAACGUGUGUAAGUGGUAAUAUAUGUCCUAACUGAAAACUGUAUAAACAUCUAACAUCAUGCAAAUGUUAGAUUUCCAUUUCUGCUGACAAUAUCUUUUCAAGCAAAUACAGCUAUAGCAGUGCAUUUAGAUUAGGUGGAAGAAUUUCAGUUCUUGAGAAGUGUUUCUAUCCAUUUUGCGUUGACAUUUGUAGUUGUAUGUUGAAUUGGUAAAGUGCUCCUUUCACACAAUAUGCUCUGUUCUCUAAAUUUACUCUCUAUACUCAUUUUCAUUUCUCAUAGCCUCCAAUUCCAAAACAAUAUGUUCAACAUGGCUAUCCUUAUAACUCAUAAAGUGGGGGGCAUUUUCUCUUCAUCUUCUGCCAGAUAUAAGUGAUGGAAGCAAAACAGAGGAACGCUGUCUGGGUGCAGUAAAGUAGGAUUAGUUUGGAGGUUUUUAAAUAGACUUGGGUAUACUAUGUAUAUUUUAAGUGAUCUGUUUAUACAGCAAUGAAAAGUUUGCUGUAUAUUUCCUAAGAAUCUGCUGAACCAUUCUGUUUGCAGGGCUAAAGACCUUUCCCUUUUUAAUAAUUCUAGAUCAUCAAGUUGAUAAUAUGAACUUCAAAUUUCUGUUAACAAAGCAAAGGAUCAAAAAUUAAUUGAGGUGUUAUAUUUUAUCUAGAACCAUACUAUAAAUGACAUAUAACAGUUACAAUUAUUUGCACUUUUUAAUCUCAGCCACCAGAAGCAAUCUAAUGAUUUAUCAUCUUCAGUUUACAGUAUCUCCUCCAUACACUGUAGCUUCAGCUUUUCAGCAUUCUGAAAACAGCUAAAAUUAGGAAGAUGUAUAUAUAUAUCCCAAAGCCCUUUAGCAUGGAAGGUGCUGGGGAGGUUUUGAGUUUUAAGCUGUUGAUUUUAUUUCUCCUCCAUGUAGUCCAGUACAUGAUACCUGGUUGUCCAGAGGUUAAUAUAUGGUUCCAGGAAUCAUAAGGGCUGCACAAUUAUGACCUCAGGAAUUGACCUUUUAAAUGCCAAGCACUAAAAAGAUAUAUUUUUCAUUCAUUGAGAAAAUUGUUUUCUGUUACGUGAUCAGCCUAAAAUUCUGUUGUGUUUCAGGAUUGUUCCUGAUAGUCCCUUUAUGUGUUUUCCAAGAACUGCAUUAUUAAAUCCUAUAGUGUGACAGGAAUAAAGUUAUUUCUUGGGAAAGGGAAAAGAGAAGAUUGUUACAAGAGACCUAUCACAAGCAAAUAAAGAAGUAAAAGAUAUUUUAAUAGCACUGAUAAAAUCUCAUGUUUGUAUUUAUGUAAACUCUAGUAUUUGCUGUUUAACACUUGCAUUUUCUUUCAUUUAAGUGCAUUUAAAACCAUAGUAGCAUGUUUCUGUUUUGUAGACUUCCCCUUCCCUUCAGUAUCAACAGUGUGUAUAUUGCCAUACUAAAUUAAAUAACAAAGAUCGCUAUGUGCAAUAUUGUAUUUAGUGUUUCUAUUCCAAUUUUUUAGAAUGUUAAUUUAUAUGAAAAAUAAAAGACAUAAUGAGAUCAA